AUGUUCUUUGUUAGUUGGACAAAUUUAAUGGUCAAAGAACUACAAGACUUAUGUAUAACAUGUAGGCUUUUCACUGGUAGCAAUAAGGAAGAGUUAGGAGAAAGGUUGCAAGGAUAUUUUGAAAAGAAAAAAGAAAAGUUGUCAGAAACACAUCAAAAAAAAAAUAGUGUUGAAUUGGAAGAGUCACCAGAGAGAAGAAUAGAUGAGCUUAAUAGUGAAGUUUUUGCAGAUGAUAGGGUAAUUAAUCUCGAAGGUGAUGUUUUGGAAAUAGGUUUCCAGAAAGCUGAUUAUAGAAUAGGUGAGGAAUUUGCUGCACAUUUUCAAAGUAAGGAAAGAAUUGAUGCAAAGAUGGAAGAAGAAGAAUUAUUAGAAGAGUCAUGGCCAGGAGUUAAAUUAUUGAAACCAUGUGACCAGCAUGAAUAUGACUUUUUAGCUAAAGUAGACAAAUGGUUAGAUAGAGUAAUUUUAAUAUUAUCAGUAUUUGAUAAGAAAGAGUUUACUGGAAUUAGAGAGGAAAUAGAAACCCAUGCAGUAAUGCUAAGGUCUAAAUACAAUCAGAAUAAGCAAAAGAGAAGUAAAGACCAUCUGUCAGCAACAUCAUCUGAUUCAAAAGAAGAUGACUUGUAUAAGAAGACUAGGAAAAAGGAAAGAAUGAUUAAUUUCUUUCUUAAUAAAGGAGAGUAUAGUUGGGCAGGAUGCCAAGGUUUAGUUAAGUGCUUCAAUUGUGAAGGAAUCAGUCAUAUUACCUCAAAUUGUUCUUUUACAAGUUCAAAAGCUUUCAUUAAAUCCGAAAAUAGCAAUUGA